CUGCAAGAGCUCCUGCUCCCCACGGCGUGGCUGGGGCUCAGCACCGGGACAGAGCCGUCUGCUUUACCCCAGCACACAUUUGCAUUCCACAGGUCUGGGGAACUGCGUGACCACCCAACGCUGGGCGUUUAAAGCUGCUCGGGCUGGCAGCACAGCACUGCACAUCCAGCUGCGCUGCACACACAAACUCCCCAGCCUCUGUGCUGGAAAGUGAGCUGCAAAGGAUUUUUGUAGAAAUUGCUUUUGGAGCAGGUACAUUCCUGCACAGGCAGGAUGUCCAAACCCUCUCGCUUGGCUCGACCUGUGUCGGCUAACACAGCUCCUAAAUCGCCUUUGUCUAGGAAAGAAGAUUUUAACAGCCGGUCACGAAAAAUUAGGCUAGGGGAAAAGAUUUUGAGAGCUGGCAGCGAAGGAAACCUGGUUAAACAGCAUCAGCAGGAGCAGGUGGAAAUCACAGAAAGGCUUGUGCCACGGAGGGCUCCUUUCCUGAAAGACCAGGCAAAACCCAGUUUGCAUGUGACAUCACUGGACGAUGCAGAAUGCCUCCGAUCUAAAGAGCUGCUUUCCACCCCGAGCAGUCACACCUCUCCCAGCGCAAAGCCCACCCGCAACAUCCCUCGGAGACACACUGUAGGUGGCCCUCGCAGUUCCAAAGAAAUACUGGGAAUGCAAACCUCAGAAAUGGACAGGAAGAGAGAGGCUUUUCUUGAGCAUCUGAAACAGAAAUAUCCCCACCAUGCCACAGCAAUAAUGGGACACCAGGAGAGACUAAGAGAUCAGACAAGAAGCCCGAAGCCGUCCCAGAGCCCACAGUCCAAUUUGGGUGACCACACAGAACACCUCUCUGAAGCAUCUGCUGAUUCCUUAGAGGUCAUGUCAGAAGGUGAUUCUCCAACCCCCUUUUCAAGGGGCAGCCGCACGCGGGCAAGUCUUCCCGUUGUGCGGUCAGCAAACCAGACAAAGGAAAGAUCACUGGGUGUAUUGUAUCUUCAGUAUGGAGAUGAAACAAAGCAGUUGAGGAUGCCAAAUGAGAUCACAAGCACAGACACAAUUCGUGCCCUUUUUGUAAGUGCCUUCCCCCAGCAGCUGACAAUGAAAAUGCUGGAAUCACCCAGUGUUGCCAUUUACAUCAAGGAUGAGAGCAGAAACAUAUACUAUGAAUUGUGUGAUGUGAGGAAUAUUCAAGACCGAUCUUUCCUUAAAGUUUACAACAAAGACCCUGCACAUGCAUUUAAUCACACUUCCAGAGCUGUAAAUGGAGAUAUAAGGAUGCAGAGAGAAAUUGCUUAUACGGGACGAGAUGGCCCAAGUGGUUCCCGCCCUGGAUCUGCCACACACCCUCUGCAUGCGAUGCCCAGCUCUCCCCCCUCCACCCCGGUGCCCCACUCCAUGCCUCCCUCUCCAUCCAGGAUUCCCUAUGGUGGGGGCCGGCCCAUGGGCGUGCCAGGCAAUGCCACCAUCCCCAGGGACCGGCUGUCCAGCGUGCCAGCCUCGCGUUCCAUAUCGCCCAGCCCAAGCGCCAUUCUGGAGAGACGGGACGUGAAGCCAGAUGAGGACAUGAGUAACAAAAACCUUACCCUGAUGAGAAAUGAAAGCCUGUACGGUGACCCCUACUUGUUUCACGAGGGGAGGAUGAGUGUGGCUGCACCGCACCCCGGACACCCGCUCGAUGUCCCCGAUCACAUUGUCACCUACCAUCGCAGUGCCAUGAGGUCAUCGAGCACUUACUGCAACCCCUCCAUGCAGCCCGAAAUGCUGGAGCAGUCCUUGUACAGACAAAAGUCACGGAAGUACCCGGAGAGCCAUUUGCCCACUCUCAGCUCUAAAACACCUCCAGCCUCACCCCACAGGGUGGCUGACAUGAGAAUGAUUGAUAUUCAUCCUCACCAUGGCCCUCACAUUCCCGCCCACACCAUCCAGCCUGACAGGUCUUCCCCCAGCCGCCAGUCGUUCAAAAAGGAGCCGGGAGCGCCCGUGUUUGUGGAUGCGAAAGCGCGGAGUGCUGUGGGCAUGGCCGAGGCAAUGCCCUCUCCCAUGGACAAGCAGGCUUUUGGCUAUGGCUCACCCACCAUGCCCAAGGACAAGGAGACAAGAGAGAGGAUACAAGCCAUGGAGAAACAGAUUGCCAGUUUAACUGGUCUUGUUCAGUCUGCGCUUUUAAAAGGGCCAAAUACAAGUAAUAGCAAAGAUUCUUCUAGUGAGAAGAUGAUGAAAAUUGUGUCCAGCAAGAGCAGUGCCGACACUGCAGGUGCUGCCACCAUCUCUGGGGGGAAGAAUGCCCUGGGAGCUGUGGAGUCAGCUGUCACCCACCACCCCUCUGGAGCCCCAGCAAUGCAGCUCAGCCUGCACGGGAUGAAACGCAGCGUGUCGGAUCUGCGGCUGCAGCUGCACCAGAUGAAGCAGCUACAGCUGCAGAACCAGGAGAUGCUGAGGGCAAUGGUGAAGAAAGCAGAGCUAGAAAUCAAUGGCAAAGUGAUCGAAACAGUGAAGAGGCUUGAAGAUCCUGUGCAGCGACAGCGCAACCUGGUGGAACAAGAGAGGCAGAAAUACCUCAGCGAGGAGGAAAAGAUUGUAAAGAAGCUAUGUGAGCUGGAGACAUUUGUUGAAGACCUGAAGAAGGAUUCUGCUGCUUCCAGCAAGGCAGUUACACUGAAGGACGUUGAAGAUGGAGCCUUUCUUCUGCGUCAAGUGGGAGAAGCUGUUGCUACCCUGAAAGGAGAGUUCCCCACAUUGCAGAACAAAAUGCGAGCGAUCCUGCGGAUUGAGGUGGAAGCUGUGAGGUUCCUGAAGGAGGAGCCCCACAAGCUGGACAGCCUGCUCAAACGAGUGCGCAGCAUGACCGAUGUCCUCACCGUGCUCAGGAGACACGUUACAGAAGGACUGCUGAGGGGUGUGGAUCCAUCCCAAGCCGUGCAAUACUCUGCCAUGGAAAAGCCCACUGCAGCUGACACUCUGAAAAACCAGGAGGAGCACAAGCCCACGCAGGGACACGCACAGCAAACCCUCCCAGCAGUCCCAUCCGAGUCCCAGGUGUCAUCAGUCAAGUCAGAAGUCAUCCCCUUCUCAUCCAUGACCGUCCACCACGUGCAGAGCUCUCCUGUUGUCAUGCACCAGUCCCAGCACUCGGCAGCCCUGGUGCCCCACGCCCAGGGCUCUCCCUCUGCAGGCUCUCACAGUGAAGCUGUGCCCACAUCUGGCCACCCCUCAGCCAGCCCAGCCCCGCCAGAGCCCAUGGCAGGAGCCCAGCCCACAGCAGCCACACCAGCAGCACAGGUCUCUGUCAAUGGCAGCACCAUGCAAAGCCUUUUCAUUGAGGAAAUUCACAGUGCAAGUAGCAGAAAUCGAGCUGUAUCAAUUGAGAAAGCUGAAAAGAAAUGGGAAGAGAAAAGACAAAACCUUGAUCACUAUAAUGGAAAGGAAUUUGAAAAGCUCUUGGAAGAGGCCCAGGCCAAUAUAAUGAAGUCCAUUCCUAACCUGGAGAUGCCUCCCCAGCCAGCAGCCCUGCCUAAAGGAGAUGCGGCAGAAAAGCUAGAAGUGUCAGAAGAAGCUGCUGAUGGAGAGCAGGAUAAUGAGAAGCUGAGCAAGUCUCCACCUCCUCCACCUCCACGGCGCAGUUACCUGCCAGGGUCAGGACUGACCACAACCAGAUCAGGAGAUGUCAUCUACACAGCCAGGAAAGAGGCUGCUGCCCUCAAGGAGUGCAGUGAGGAUGCUGGGCAAACAGCACAAUCCAAAGCCCCUAAAGAGGACCAGGCACUGUCUCGGACCACAGGGCAUGCUGUAGCACCAGCUGCAAAAGAUGAAGAGGAAGAGGAAGGGGAUAAAAUAAUGGCAGAAUUACAGGUGUAUGGGGCUACAACAGGAUCUCCCACAGAUAGUGACCAUCCUAAAGAGAAGAGGGAAGGGAGAACUGAAGAAGAAUUGGGUUCUGAUUCAUCCAGUACAGCUGACAGUAAAAGUGGCUUUUCAAUGAAUGACAGUCCUACACUUAGCAAGGGUUUGUUUGUAGACAGUACAGACUAUUCUAACAAACACCUUCAGAAUAUGAGCACAAACCUGUCUGGUGUCAGUUUACCAGAGGAGGACAAACGAAGAGGGGCUCAAGAUAUUUUAGGAUCACAUUUUCCAGCCGCUGAGACUGGAAAACAGAAGCCAAACUACAGACUGUCAAGAGAUGCUCCCCAGGGUGAAGCCUUGCAGAGCACAGGCAAGCCCACGCCCAUCAGCAGCGUUGCCCCUCUCCUGAGGCACAUGCAGGAGGCUGCGGGGCCUCAGCCUUCCUUGCAGGAGCAAGAAGUUUCUGCAGGCAGCUACAGUCAGGUCGUGCUGAGACCCAGAGUGUCCAGAGCAAACAGCGUGAGCAGCACUGAAGAGACAGACUCUGCAGCCAGCUCUCCAAGUGAAGACACCCCACCCACAGAAAACAUUGCCUUCAUGAUUACUAAAACAGCUGUCCAGGUGCUCUCCAGCGGGGAGGUUCACGACAUAGUGAGCCGGAAAGGAGGAGAUGUGCAAACUGUCAACAUCGAUGCCAGGAAGGAUGUGGCAUCGGAGAAGGGCAUCCCUGAGAACACAGACAGUGAAGAGCCAGUGGUGUGUCUGGACAAAAAGCCUGUCAUCAUCAUUUUCGAUGAACCCAUGGAUAUUAGGUCAGCCUACAAACGGCUUUCUACAAUUUUUGAGGAAUGUGAUGAGGAAUUGGAAAAAAUGAUGACAGAUGAAAAGAUAGAAGAAGAAGAGGAGGAGGAAGAAAAUGAAGCACAUGAAGUCUCUGAGAGGCAGAAGGAAGAGUCACCAGUAGCUAAUGACAGAAAAGCAACCACAGAGCAUUCUGCAGCUCAUGGUCCCCAGGGGCCAUACCUAUUUAACCUUCGGUCUGACUCUGCAGAAACCAGACCUCCGGCAGAGGAGGAAAGCACAAAGACAAAUUUUAACAAAUACCGUCAGAUCUAUGGGCUAAACACAGAUGCAGACUCAGACUCUGCUGAUCAGUUGGGAAACAGGCAGGAUUCUAAGAAAAAAUUUAAAUUUAAAUUCCCUAAAAAGCAGCUGGCCGCUCUGACGCAGGCAAUACGGACAGGAACCAAGACUGGGAAAAAGACAUUGCAGGUUGUGGUCUACGAAGAAGAGGAGGAAGAUGGGACACUGAAGCAGCACAAGGAAGCAAAGAGAUUUGAAAUUUCUAGGUCUCAGUCUGAGGAGAGUGAUAAAAGUCCUUCUGGGAAGCAAGAGGGCCCCUCUGGAGCUGCAGUGUCCCUGUCCAGGACUGAUGAAAUUCGACAGAGUACAUACAGAACGCUAGACAGCCUUGAGCAGACUAUAAAGCAGCUGGAAAACACCAUCAGUGAAAUGAGUCCAAAACCUGUCCCUGAAAACACAUACACCUCUGAGGGAAGCACUGUCCCCUUCUCUGCCCAGAUAGUACCAGAGACCCCAUCCCGAGAGCAUGUAGUGCUGGAUGAGAGCCUUGCUGGUGCAGAGCCCCCUGCAUCACUCCCAGCCACUUCACGUAAGGGCUCCAGCGCUGCCUCCCAGACCAGCCGGAUGCCAGUCCCCAUGGCUUCAAAAACUAGACAAGCAAGCAUGGAGAAAUCAGGCAAACAGCACAAGCUGCAGGAUCCACGCCAAUACAGACAGGCUAAUGGAAGUGCUAAGAAAGCUGGUGGGGACUAUAAGGCUACUUCUCCUACCCUACCUGCUUCUAAGAUCCCAGCCUUUUCUCCCACUUCUGGGAAAAGCAGCUCAGCACCUGCUUCUAGCGGUGACAGCUCUAACCCUCUUAAUCCCCCUACUAAAACCUCCAUUCCUUCCUCCUCCCUUCUUGCUCCUCAGACAGGUCGCAUCCCUUACUCUGCCUCCCUCAUCCCCUCUGUCUCUAACGGCUCCUCCAAGUUUCAGAGCCCCACUUACCCAGGGAAAGGUCACCACCUCUCGUUCUCGCUGCAGACCCAGAACGGCCGACCACCCCCUCCUUCCUCCUCUACCUCCCCGCCCUCCUCUGUCUCCCCCCCUUCCCUGAGCCAAGGUAUGAAGAGCAUCAGGACAAUCCACACCCCUAGUUUCAACAGCUACAAGGCACAGAACGGGAAUGCCAGCAAGUCCGCCCCAUCCACGGUCAAGGAGCCAUCCUAGAGGCUAAGCACAGCACAGCUGCCAGGUCACCGAGGCUUUUUGUUCACAGAAUCCGCAGCCAAUAUUUUAACCAGGGAAUGUAACCAUUUUGUUGUAUUGCUGGAGGCUUAAUACUAAUCACGUGCUAAAUACUGAAUUACUACACUAGACUAGAGUGAAGCUUUUUGGAAAACAGUUGCUGUUGUAAUGAUAAAAGAGCAUUUUCUUUCUAUAGGAAGCAGCACCUCUUAAAAAAAAGUGUGAAGGUGUGUGAGUGAACUUGACUGCGUGUGCACAGUGGUGUACUGAGCAUGGGGAAUUGUAUGGUUAAAAAUUUACUAAGUUGUUUUGUAUAAAGCUAUUUUUCAUUAUGAGGUCUAGAAGUGAACAGAGAUAUACUAAAGUGUGAUUAUAUUCAACUGUAAAACUGAAACUAAAAUAUUUUUCUUUUAUUUUGGUGUUAUUUAGCUUUGUUACAGAUUUCUAUUUUUGUCAACGAAUGUCAUGGUUCCUUUCGAGAUCUUUUUGCCAAAACAUUUUGAUACUAUUGUAAUGUACAUUUGAAAGUAGUAUGCUGGACAGUAAACCUCUGCACAAGAAACAGAACAAGACUGGUCUAAUGUGUGUAUGAGGCAACUCAACUUAUUGCACUGCCAUUCAGAUUAUAUUUAAGAAUUUGACAGACAAGGAAAAAAAUAAAUUGUUUUACACAUAUAGAUAGUUGCUGAUUACUUUUUUUCUUAGCUCAAUCCACCCUUUUUCCUUCAUUUUUAUUUUACUGAGACCUGGUAGCCCAUUAAUGUAUUCCAUUGUGAAUUUUAAAAUGUACACUUCAGUACUGUUCUGUAUACUAGCAAACUUUUGUACAUAUCUAUAAAUAUCUAUAAAUAAAUAAAUAAAUAAAUACUGUAUGUGGCUGGGCACAUAGAGUAGUUUUACCACACCAAAGUUAAUUUUUAUGCAUGCUUAAAAAUAUAUAUGGGAUAGGGUUGAAAAAGAUGGAUAUCAGUUAAAUAGGAGAAGAGCAAGAAACUUGCAUAGCUAAUGGUUUUGUAAAUAAAUUUAUUUGUAUAACACCAAAAUGUAAUAUACAGAACUAUGAUAAGCAAAGAUCUUUACAAAAAUAAAGGGCUGCAUGCUUAUAUAUUUGUAUUUUGUCACUAGUAACUUUUCGGAUGGGCUCAAUUGGCUGUUCAGCUGUUUGCCUGAGGGUGUUAAGCCAUCAGGAGAAAACCUGACUUGGUUUUCCCUAGAUUAAAGCCAUACACGGUUAUUCAUUUCAAAA